AUGGAGCUCGACCAAAUGACGAGCGGCGGCCUCCACGCCUACCCCGGGCCGCGGGGCGGGCCAGCGGCCAAGCCCAACGUGAUCCUGCAGAUCGGUAAGUGCCGGGCCGAGAUGCUGGAGCACGUGCGGAGGACCCACCGACACCUGCUCACCGAGGUGUCCAAGCAGGUGGAGCGGGAGCUGAAGGGGCUGCACAGGUCGGUGGGGAAGCUGGAGAGCAACCUGGACGGCUACGUGCCCACCGGCGACUCGCAGCGCUGGAAGAAGUCCAUCAAGGCCUGCUUGUGUCGCUGCCAGGAGACCAUCGCCAACCUGGAGCGCUGGGUCAAGCGGGAGAUGCAUGUGUGGCGGGAGGUCUUCUACCGGCUGGAGAAGUGGGCCGACCGCCUGGAGUCCAUGGGCGGCAAGUACCCGGUGGGCAACGAUCCGGCUCGCCACACCGUCUCCGUGGGCGUCGGGGGUCCGGAGGGCUACUGCCAGGAGGCGGAUGCCUACGACUACACCGUCAGCCCCUACGCCAUCACCCCGCCGCCUGCCACCGGCGAGCUGCCCGGGCAGGAGCCCGUGGACGCCCAGCAGUACCCGCCCUGGGGGGCCGGUGAGGACGGGCAGCCCAGUCCCGGUGUGGACACGCAGAUCUUCGAGGAUCCGAGGGAGUUCCUCAGCCACCUGGAGGAGUACCUGCGACAGGUGGGCGGCUCCGAGGAGUACUGGCUGUCGCAAAUCCAGAACCACAUGAACGGGCCGGCCAAGAAGUGGUGGGAGUUCAAGCAGGGCUCUGUGAAGAAUUGGGUUGAGUUCAAGAAAGAGUUCCUGCAGUACAGCGAGGGCACACUGUCCCGGGAGGCCAUCCAGCGGGAGCUGGACCUGCCGCAGAAGCAGGGGGAGCCGCUGGACCAGUUCCUGUGGCGCAAGCGGGACCUGUACCAGACGCUCUAUGUGGACGCGGAGGAGGAGGAGAUCAUCCAGUACGUGGUGGGCACCCUGCAGCCCAAGCUCAAGCGCUUCUUGCGCCAUCCACUGCCCAAGACCCUGGAGCAGCUCAUCCAGAGGGGCAUGGAAGUGCAGGACGGCCUGGAGCAGGCGGCCGAGCCCACGGGCCCCCGCCUCCCCACUGAGGACGAGGCCGAGGCGCUCACGCCAGCCCUCACCAGCGAGUCUGUAACCAGUGACCGGACCCAACCCGAAUAG